CUUAAGCCCCCGGCCGGCUAGAUCUCAAAACCAAACAGACCUCUCUGCUUGCCACAGUACAACAAGCUGCCGGAGCCGGACGGCCGGCUUGCGUCCCGGAAGUCCUCAUUUUGCCUCUUCUCCUGCCUACCUCAAGAAGGGAGAGAGGUGAGGAUGGCAAACAUUGAACUGCAGUCAGUGAAGCCGCCAAUAGUGAUAUUGCACGAGGCAUUUACAAAUGACGGAGCAUAUGGUAAUAUACGCCUUGUGCACCCAGUUGGUCGUCCAGCCGCUAAUCAUGUCGCACUCUUCAUCCCUGAAGUGGAAGCAGACAAUGCCGAGAGGUUUCUGGAAGGGAUGACGCUUGAUGGGGACAGGGUGCUCCAUAUUGCUGCGAGGUUGGAGGAUGUGGAGCUAGUGAGUGCCAUCUCCGUGACAGAGAGAUGGCGUGAUGCGGUCCACGUAACAGCGAAGAACAAAAGGGGAGAGACUGCCUUGCACUGCGCAUCGGCUACUGGGAAUGUCGCCAUGAUCGGCGCCCUUCUCACAUUGUUGGCACAAAACAGUGAGAUGAAAAUGCAACUUCUGAGACAGCAAAAGGACACCCGGGAGACAUGUUUGCACGAGGCCGUGCGGUGUGGAAAUGGGGAUGCUGUGAGGAUGUUGGUGCAGGAGGAUGUGGCUGUUGUCCUUGGAGUUGGACCAAACAACGGCCGCGCGCUGGUCAAAAUAUGUGAUGAGCAGGGUGUUUCGCCUCUUUACUUGGCCACAACAUUACGCCAUCUUGAGAUUGUUGAGUUCCUCACCCGACUAGACUGGCCUCAAGGGUACCCAGCUGCGUCCUACGAUGGGCCUGGAGGCAAGACAGCCCUGCAUGCUGCGGUUCUCCUCAGCAAAAGUUACUGUACAGAGCUCAGCCAACAUCUCGCUCAGUGGAAGAACGAACUCAUAGAUAAAGCAGAUAAAUCUGGGGCCACGCCGCUUCACCUUUUGGGAUCAAGAACCGACAAAUUUAUUGUGGAACUUCUUCUUGGUUUAGACCCAAGUGCCGGAUACCGUGCGGACAAUGAGGGAUCACUGCCCAUACAUAUCGCUGCAGCCAAUGGAAGCGUCGCGAUCGUCAAGCUGCUGUCUGAGCUUCGUCCCAACUGUUGUUGGUCACGCAAUAACUUAGGACAGACAAUCCUACACAUUGCUGUCCACAAGAAAAAAUACAACGUGGUAAGCUAUUUAUGCUCUAUCGUCUCUACACGGAAAUUCGUGGGGAUUUUCAACACCAGGGACAAUGAAGGGAAUACGGCUCUCCAUUUGGCUGUAGUGCAAGGAAACCACUCCAUUUUUUGCCGGUUAAUGGCGAGGAGGGAAGUGUCCUUGAGUUUCACAAAUAAUGAGGAGCGUACACCUCUUGAUCUUGCAAAGUUAAGCAUCCCACCAGGUAUUUCAUUGUUCCAGGGUCCUCGGUAUUGGGUUUUGUACGGCCUCCUAGUUGCGGGGGCUGAUUACUGCACCUGUCGAAGUGAUCACUUGGCUACAGAACCUGACGAGGAGAAGAAGUCGGAAGUGAUCACCAAGUCCGCUGGGCUGGUUGUCGUGUGCGCGGCGCUCAUCUUGAACACAUCAUUGACGAUGCCUUUCAGCGUGUCGAAUCUCUACAGAAAUCCGGAGAAGGACAUAAAAAGAGUCGUUGCCUACAAUAUAUUCAUCAUGUCUGACGCAUUGGCAUUCGCCUUCUCAGCGAUAGCCAUAUCUUGCUCCACGUUCGCCGGAUUAUCCUCAUUAGAACAGCGGACACGGCUAUCCUACCGUAACGCUGGAGCCUUGAGCCUAUGUGCUGCGGCUCUGUUUAUCAUCCUCGUCUUCAUGGCGGGAAUGUAUGUGGCAGUUGGUCCGCUGGUUCAUCUCAAGGGAAAUGUCAUCAUUGCUCUGUUGUACUACAUCACUUAUCCAGGCAUCCUUCUGCUAUUCGCGCCUUACCUAGGAUUAGCGGGGUCUCAUAUGCGUGCGUUAAUCUCAAGGCUUGGAUUGCGAGCAUGGCGGAAAGCCGUGAUUCGUGAGCUUCAAGUACGGAGCUUUAUGGUGCUACCAACAAUAAUACUAUCGGUCGCGGUUAUCGUUGCCGGUAUGUUUUAUCUUGCAAUUACGUCCGCCAAGGGAACUUUUUAACCAUCAUAGCUAGUGUGGUAAUUAAUCACCACAUACGAUUGAAUAUCAGAGCUAGGUGGCGUCAUUUCUCCUACUUCAUGCCCCUGUUUACAUCAUCUCCCGUUGGGCAAUGUUUCAUCUUCUUUUGUUGUUUGGUUCUUGCAGUUUGUAAUACUUGUG